UCCCUCUCCGCCAUCCUCGUUCUUAGCAAAACCUUCAUCGCAGCCUAGGUUCCCUCAUCUAUCUCGUCAAAAUGGUGAACUGGAGGACUGCAGGUUCGACGGACCGGCUUUUUGGUGCCUUUAUAGCAGCACACCCAAGUCUGAAAAUCCAGUACAGUGCCAUCGCUGUCUACUUCGGACAGGAUGCUACUUACGAUGCUAUCAAGGGACAGCUCAGACACUACAGACGACUCGCGGAAGAUCUCUGCCGCGAAGCAGAGGCAAACGGUGUGGGGAUUCCACGUGGUCGAAACUCAGCGCAGGGCACGCCUCGCACUCCACGCAUAGGUAUCAGAAGUGGAAACACCGGAUCAACGGGCAGAUCUAGUAAAACCGCCACUCAGCCGGAUGUCUCACCUACUACUACGCCCACUAAGAAGGUCAAGAUGGGUGCAAGUGGUCUUGGAUCCAGCAUUCAGAAUGCAAUAACUCUCGACGAUGAUGAUGACGAGGACGGCGAAUUAAACAAUAUCAAAGACGAGGCUGCUGAACAGCAGAUCAAAGAGGAUCUGAACGCCUCCGUGAAGUUGAAAUUGGGAAAGAAUCAGUCUCAUGAUAAUGAGCUUUUUGUGAAGCAGGAGACCUCGACUGCUGGAGCGAAGAGGACCUGGGAUGACUUCAAUGGUGGAGAGACAGAAUACCACGAGCGCGUUUUCAGUAUCGCGGCUAAUGAUACAGUUCCCGAAUACGAUCUUUCUGGUGAUUUGGAGUUUGCUUAGAUGUUGCUGAGGGAUGGAAGAUAGGUUUUUUGUCAGUGGGGGGUUUGAUACUGUUGUUUGAACUUGGGAAUGUGUUGGGUGGGAUUGCGCAUAUUGUGGUCGACUACAGAGUACGUACUGAACAGCGUCACUGUGGGUACAGAGCACAGUAUUACUGUCUAGUCAGGACUGAAUUGGGAAAUUUGCUUCAUUGAACCACUACGAUCGAAAUGAUAUGUCCCUUUUUCUGGCUGUUCUCUCAGAAUCUCCACUGCUUUCCCAAACCCUAAGCGGAUCGGCGACCAAGCAGUGGCUCCUAGAGUUAGUGGGACAAAGAUAACGAUUCCAGAGCCAAUGAUGAUUAAGAAAGAUCAGAGACCCA